GACGCCCGCUUCUCGAAAGAGCGACGCGCUUCGCUCAGUGUAUACGUUUUCGGCGCGCUCAGCCGGCUGCGAGCGCGUACAGAAUCGUGCAGCUUGAGCGCCGCUGAUCUGAAGGUGGAAGCGCUGCCCUCGCUCGCACUGAACGGUUGGAGCUGGUGCGUUCAGCAGCGCAUUACGAUGGAUCGGGCAGUGCGAGGAGCGACCGAGGACAUGUUUUCCGCGCUUGACGAGAGAACAUUGCCAUCCGCCACCGGUGCUUGAAGUGGGCAUCAACACGGAGUCUCAUGUCCGGCAUCAGCGGAGCCCCGUCACGAAGUCGGAAGCCUGUCGAAGCAUGCGCACGCUUAGUUUUCUCCUCGCCUUCUCGCUGGUAAGCGGCAACGACCUGAACGACUGCCGCUGUGCUUGGCUUGGACUCGACAAGGCGCAGCGCCUCGCCAUCUACCAGGGGCAGCCGCCGGAACAGCCAUCAAACGGCGCCACAGUACCAGCGGCUUGGGCCUGCUUCCAGAAUCGCAUCUAUCAAGAAGGAUGGUCCUACCUGGAAGUGGAGACGAACCCCAGUGUCGAAGACGGCAUCCAGGCAUACGCCGCCGGUGCUCUCGAGGCACAUUUGACUCGUCAGCUUAUGGACAAUCACUGGUUGAACAUGUUCGGGUUCCUCUCGGCGAUUGGCGAUUUGCUGGAGCUGGAGCUGAAAUUCGGCCGGUUCAAAGACUUGCAUUCUCUGAUGGCUCUGACCUGCUCGGCACUUAUCAAGAUUGCGCCUGGAAACAAGGACAUCUACUUCGCCCAUACCAGUUGGUUCACAUACAAAAGUAUGCUCAGAAUGCAGAAGAAGUACAAGUUGCCCUGGCACACAGCCGGGCAAACCAACACAACAGGUCGCAUUGUGCCCGGCCAUACCAUAACCAUGUCCUCUUAUCCUGGCUGUCUCAACUCAUUUGAUGACUUCCAUUUGACGUCAGCAGGCUUGGCCGUGAUGGAGACAUCAUUGAAAAAUACCAACCACCAGUUGCUGCGCUACGUGCGUCCCAACGGCAGUCCGCUGACUUGGGUCCGUAACAUGGUCGCCAGCAGACUCGCCACCAGCGGCUCGCAAUGGGCCGCCAUCUUCUCCAGGUUCAACAGCGGAACGUACAACAACCAGUGGAUGGUACUGGACUACAAGCUGUUCAUACCAGGGGGAAGCCUCCAACCCGGAACGCUAUGGCUAGUGGAGCAACUGCCGGGUAUUAUGGAAAGCGCGGACAUCACCACAGUUUUUCAGAAACAGGGCUACUGGGCCAGCUACAAUGAAGCAUACCUGCCGUCUAUUGCACUCGAGACACGUCCACCGGGAUGGGAACGCGCCAGGAAUCACUAUGCUCUCGACCCUCGAGCUCGCACUGCUCGCGUGAUGCAUGAGCAGGCAACGGACAUGGAUGCUAUGAAAGCAUUUAUGAGGUUCACAGUGCAAAGUGGUGUGUGCCCUCUUCCCUGCAACUACAGUCAACUGAUAGCUGACGAGCUCGCUUCUGCGUGUCCGCGCUUCGACUUGCUGUUGCGCGGUCCGUCAGGAGGUACGGACACCAAGAUUACCAACAGCGGGCUGUUCGAGUCACUGGAGUUCGAGGCCGUGAGUGGACCUACCGCGCAGGGCGUGCCGCCGUUCAGCUGGCACCGCAGCCCGUUCGGCGCGGUGGCUGCGCACUAUGGCCAGCCGGACACAUGGCGCUUCGGAUUUGUGCGACACCAAUGGGGUCAUUGCUCGCGCGCGAAUGAUUGGCAUUUCUAGGGCCAGCCGUACUGUGUCUGCACAGCGCAGACUCGAAGUAAUGGCCUCAUUCGCUAGUCGAUGUUUCCAGUCCUGCUGAUGGUAUGGCACCCUCUCGAUUUCUCGGCCAACGGAUGACCUCGUACGGAAGAUUAGAAGCACUUACGGUGCCCAACAUUUCAAGAGGCGGCA